UUGAAGACAUUACGUGGAUGACGUAAGCGGUGAUUUGGAAGAUGUAGCUGGAAGUUGAACAAGACGGCCUUUUGUUUUGAAUUAGGGCUUAUUUAUUAGUUUUAAUGAGCAACGCGUUUUAUAAGAACUCAAAUGGCAUAAAGUAAACACAGGAGAAAUUAAAAGAUCACAGCAGACUCCACCAUUAUGCCUCAGAAGAUCCAGAAGAACUCUCAGACGGCUCACUACAUCGAGCUGGGAGGUUAUCAGUACUGGCCGGUGCUGGUGCCCAGCGGCAUCCGCCUCUACACCUACGAGCAGAUUCCGGGUUUCCUGAGAGAGAAUCCGUACAUCACAGACGGAUACAGAGCCUACCUGCCGUCCAGACUGUGCAUUAAAAGCCUUUUCGUCCUCUCCAACGAGACGGUGAACAUUUGGAGUCACCUGCUGGGCUUCCUGCUCUUCUUCUGCCUGGCCGUCUACAACAUGGCCUGCGUGCUGCCGGAGCUCGGCGCCUCCAGAGAAGACUACGUCAUCUACUCCAUCGGACUCUUCUGCGUGAAGUUGUGUUUGCUGUGUUCGGUGGGUUAUCACCUGUUCUGCUGCCACCGCUCCGAGAAGACCAGCCGCCGCUGGAUGGCCCUGGACUACGCCGGCGUCUCCAUCGGCAUCCUGGGCUGCUACGUGCCGGGAGUCUUCUACACCUUCUACUGCAAUAACCGAAAAGUCAUGUUCCCUCCUAGCAGCGCCGUGUCGUGUAGCGUGUGGGCGGCCCGACCGAGAUGUAACGGCGGCUGUUUUGCGGUGUCAGUACUGGCGUCAGGUGUACCUGGUGACGGUGCUGGCGAUGAUCCUGGCCGUCUUCUUCGCCCAGAUCCACCCCCACUACCUCGGCAAGCAGUGGAAGAAGCUCCGCUCGCUCAUCUUCUGCUCGGUGGCGUGCUACGGCCUGGUGCCCACCGUGCACUGGAUCUGCAUCGACGGCGGCUUCUCGGGCGAGCUGGUGCAGGCCUUUGUUCCCCGCGUGCUGCUCAUGUACUUGAUGGCGGCGUUGGCGCUGGUGUUCUUCGUGUCCAAAGUACCCGAACGCUACUUCCCAGGCCAGCUGAACUACGUGGGCUCCAGCCACCAGGUGUGGCACGUGCUGCUGCUGCUCAUGUUCUACUGGUGGCACCAGUCCUCGCGCUUCAUCAUGGCGUACCGACACAGCCGGCCGUGCCCGGACGCCGCCACGCACUCGUAGCCGCCACGUCUGCCUACGCCCUGUUUCUCCACAUGGGACAUUUCCCACGCCGAGGACACGAUAGGUCCAUUUUUUUUUUAUCAUUUCAUGUCGAAUACUUGUGAAGUAUUUACAUUCAUUACGGUUACAAAAGAAAAUGGCCGCCGGAGGUCGCUAGCGAGUUAAAGAUUUUUUUUUUGCAUACACUGGAAAAAGGAACUUGUUGCAUUUGGAAGGCCCGCCGUGAAUGUCAGCCAUGUUUUUUUGUUUGACUGUACGGUGACGGAAGACGACGCUACGGUCAGAGGAAGUGGGUCGCCGUCCCCGAGUGGAACUUCCUGCGGGGGGAGCUAACAUAACGACCAUAUUCACUUUUUCCCGAACAAAUGAUUCGGUUAUUUACCUCGUUACCUUGCUGUAUUUCUCCGUGCGGAUAAAGAGCGGUUUUGGGACACUACAGGUAGAUUCCAACCAUAUUCCACUUUUUCCCGAACAAAAGGAUAAAAAUAGAAUCGCUGUAACGCACGUAGAUUCGGUUAUUUACCUCGUUACCUUGCUGUAUUUGUUUAUCCGUGCGGACAAAGAGCGUUUUUUGGGACACUACAGGUAGUUUCCGAUUAUAUUCCACUUUUUCCCGAACAAAUGGAUAAAAAUAGAAUCGCUGAAACGGACGUAGAUUCGGUUAUUUACCUCGUUACCUUGCUGUAUUUAUCCGUGCGGCUAAGGAGCGGUUUUGGGACACUACAGGUAGAUUCCGACCAUAUUCCACUUUUUCCCGAACAAAAGGAUAAAAAUAGAAUCGCUGAAACAGACGUAGAUUCGGUUAUUUACCUCGUUACCUUGCUGUAUUUGUACAUCCGGCUAAAGAGCGUUUUUUGGGACACUACAGGUAGAUUCCGACCAUAUUCCACAUUUUCCCGAACAAAUGCAUAAAAAUAGAAUCGCUGAAACAGACGCAGAUUCGGAUAUUUACCUCGUUACCUUGCUGUAUUUGUACAUGCGGCUAAAGAGCGGUUUUGGGACACUACAGGUAGAUUCCGACCAUAUUCCACUUUUUCCCGAACAAAUGGAUAAAAAUAGAAUCGCUGAAACGGACGUAGAUUCGGUUAUUUACCUCGUUACCUUGCUGUAUUUGUUUAUCCGUGGGGCUAAAGACAGGUUUUGGGACACUACAGGUAGAUUCCGACCAUAUUCCACUUUUUCCCGAACAAAAGGAUAAAAAUAGAAUCACUGUAACGCACGUAGAUUCGGUUCUUUACCUCGUUACCUUGCUGUAUUUGUUUAUCCGUGCGGCUAAAGACAUGUUUUGGGACACUACAGGUAGAUUCCGAUCAUAUUCCACUUUUUCCCGAACAAAUGGACAAAAAUAGAAUCGCUAUAACGCACGUAGAUUCGGUUAUUUACCUCGUUACCUUGCUGUAUUUGUUUAUCCGUGGGGCUAAAGACAGGUUUUGGGACACUACAGGUAGAUUCCGACCAUAUUCCACUUUUUCCCGAACAAAAGGAUAAAAAUAGAAUCACUGUAACGCACGUAGAUUCGGUUCUUUACCUCGUUACCUUGCUGUAUUUGUUUAUCCGUGCGGCUAAAGACAUGUUUUGGGACACUACAGGUAGAUUCCGAUCAUAUUCCACUUUUUCCCGAACAAAUGGACAAAAAUAGAAUCGCUAUAACGCACGUAGAUUCGGUUAUUUACCUCGUUACCUUGCUGUAUUUGUUUAUCCGUGCGGCUAAAGACAGGUUUUGGGACACUACAGGUAGAUUCCGACCAUAUUCCACUUUUUCCCGAACAAAUGGAAACGAGUGUAUUUAUUGUUUUCCACCCAAUAAAAAGAAAGCGAAGGUUUGUCAAAUAAUAUAUUUGAAGAUUCAAUCAGCCUCAACGCUUCUCCGGUACAGUCAAGCGCUACGAUGCGUUACAAAGUGUUGAAUCCGACGUGUUUUUCCCGAAUUGUUAAGUCGUCCCAUUCACAGAUUUGACGUAAGAAAAAAAAAAAUCAAUAAAUCCCUUCCGGUAUUCCCGGCGUAAAAAUGUCAAAAGAAAUAAAAGCGUAGGGACGACGUGCAUAGGCGAGAAGAUCAAAUAAAAAAAAAGUGGUUAACUCCCGAACGAGCGCCGCUAAGUGUCCGAGGUUCUGUGCAGUGAGGCGGAGGCGCGGCGCACCCCCCACCCCCGUAAGGCUUUGCGGUGCUAAAUUAAUAAAAAGGCGGACGCUAGCGGAACAGUCGCAGUUCAGAAUCACAGUUUGCUAACGUUUGUCACGAUGCAGCGUAAAAAAACUAAGUCCCGACUCAAACAGGAAGUGGUCUGAUCCACGGUGCAUUGAUCCCAAACCGACGGAAGACAAGCGAGUUACUGCUUGGAAGGAAAAGGCGCGGCGCCAAACGGGUCCAGGUCCCCGUGCGGCGGCGGUGGUGCCGCCGGCUGCUGAGAUCCGCCGUGGAUCACCAGUUCCGUGAAAGGCACCGCGCCGAAAUCGUCCAUGGUUUUGCAUUCCCGGGACAAGUCGUUCCUGCCGCCGUCCUGAGGGUGGAAAGGUUUGGCUCCGAACGGAUCCAGGAGCUCGUCCGCUUGCAGCGAGGCGCCGUCGUCCUUCCCCUCGGCGAUGGUCACGUCCACGCUGAUGUUCUCCUUGGAGUCCGAGGCGCUCAGGAACUCGUUGCUGCUCUGCGAGUCCCGCCGACCGACCUUCUUGUGUCUGCGGACUCGCUCGGGUGUACGGAACGUGGCUUUGCCGGUCUUGCGUCCGCCGGUCGGCGUCCCGUGAUGACGCUUGCCAUUGCUGCCGCCGACGCCCGCCGCUUCCUGUUUGGUCUUCCUCUGGCGGGACGACAGCUUCUGGAGGCUGCGUUGCUUCAGGCGCUGCUGCUGAGGACUCGGGGAAUCCUCCAAAGACGGCCGAAAGAUGUCCUC